AUGCCAUGGGCCUGCGUGAGAUGCGGGGAGGGCACCUAUCGCCGGGACAAGCUGUGUCAAGCAAGCAGAGGCACGCGCAGAGGAUUCAACAACAAAAAAAUCCCUGCGACCAGAGUGAAGACAAAGAGGCGACUGGAGCCGAAAGAAACGAUUUGGGGUCAUGAGCAGCCCAACUCCAAGGAUGACAAGGCGAAGACGAAGAAAACGGAACCGACGAAUGUGAACCAGGACGAGGCCGCCGAGACUGAGAAGGACCCAGCCGAGCAGGACCAUGCCCAGAACGAGGGGGCAAAUGUGAGCCACGUUCUUAGCAACUUCAACUCGGUUCUUGCAUUCGCAUUCUUUAGCUUGCGGACCUCCAUUGUUGUGUUUUCCUCAGGGCCCAGCGAAGUUUGCUACGUGGAUGUCGAAGAGCAUCCAUGGGUGCAGGAGGUGCUACGGACGUUCCGACAGCUUCGCCAAGAGUACCAGGGCAAUCUUGUGCAGAUGCAAGAGCAAGAGGACACCAUUCAGGCCCUGGAACGAGACUCGCUUGCAGGAAUGUUCGUUUCUUGA